AUGGAUUAUAUCCGCACUUCCAGCGAUAACCUCGUCAUCUACAAGUCCUUCCACUCUCCGUCACGGUCUGCUUCGGAACUCUGGACUCAAAACCUGCGAUGGGUUAAGCUGUCGCAACAGCACAUACCAAGAUACAUCGAAGAUGCAGGUUCUGAGGACCAAGGGUUCGAAAGCACCCUGCUAGCGGUGAGCGAUAUCUGCGGCUACAGUACCGUCUUCCAGCGAGGCACAACUCCGGCCUUCAUCUUCAAAGAGUCAUCAAGCGCACCACGCGUGAUUGGCCUGAGUGGUAAGCCCGUCAAGGGUCUUACAUCGUUCCACACAUCAAACUGCCAGCGCGGAUUCGCCUACCUUGAUUCCACAGACACAUUGCGCAUCUCCCAACUUCCGCCUCAAACACAUUACGGUCACCUCGGAUGGGCAACACGACGCAUGCCAAUGGAUGCGGAGGUGCAUGCCCUCGCCUACCACCCGGCAGGGUUAUACGUUGUUGGAACGGGCCAGUUCGAAGAGUACCAACUGGAUCCCAGUGAGACCUACCACUACGAACUGCCCAAGGAAGACAUGAGCUUCAAGCCCAAGAUUGAGCGCGGCGUCCUGAAACUACUAGACGAGAAGUCAUGGACCAUCAUCGACACACAUGUUCUGGAUCCCCAAGAAGUCAUUCUAUGCAUUGAAACACUCAACCUCGAAGUCAGCGAAGUGACGCAUCAACGUAAAGACCUCAUCGCAGUCGGUACUUCGAUCGUGCACGGCGAAGAUCUCGCAACUAAGGGUUGCAUCCGUAUCUUCGAAGUCAUCACCGUGGUACCGGAGCCGGAUCGCCCGGAGACCAAUAAGCGCCUCAAGCUCAUCGUCAAGGAUGAAGUCAAAGGCGCGGUAUCCGCCAUCUCUGGACUGGGCACCCAAGGCUUCAUGAUCAUGGCCCAGGGACAGAAGUGCAUGGUGCGUGGUCUCAAGGAAGACGGCACCUUGCUUCCCGUUGCGUUUAUGGACAUGCAAUGCUACGUCAGCGACUUGAAGAACCUGCCUGGAACGGGUAUGCUGGCUAUGGCUGAUGCGUACCGGGGUGUUUGGUUCACAGGGUAUACAGUAAGUUUUCUGAUUACAGUAACUCGGCCCUAUGAGAUAUGA